CAGCUUAUCUUUCCCUAAAUUCUUCUUCCAUAACCAUAUACAUAGGUACUCAAUGGCACAAAUUGGAAGUAUAACUAUCAGCCCUGCAUUGAUCAAUACGGCUUGUGCAUGGGCUUCUAAUUUGGAUCAACUUAAGGAUCUACAUUCGUCGCCCUUCACCGGUGCAGUCACCACGCGAACAAGCACCCUUAAAGGAUAUAACGAGAUCUCUUCGUGUGGGGUCGUAUUCGCCAACUCCUCAACGUCGUCACUCAACUCGUAUGGAUAUUCUCCACUUCCCCUAUCUUCCUAUAUUGGAUGGGUGAAGGAGAUUUUGUCCGAUGCGGUAGCCUCAUCCAAUGUCAAGCCCAUAAAACCAUUCAUACUCAGCAUUACUGCCUGCUCUGCCGAAGAGUUGAGCUCGAUGAUUGCUCUUGUUCAAGAUUUGCGCUCGACCCCUAAAUUCGCACCUCUUGUAGCCAUUGAACUCAACACGUCCUGUCCAAACGUAUCUUCUGCUUCCCCCUCUGGUUACAUCCCAUCUUCCAUCUAUCCUUUGUUGGGAGUUUUGUCUGAAACUCAUACGCAGGAUAAGUCUUUGACUAUUGGGCUCAAGCUACCACCGUACACAUACCGAGAUCAAUUCGACGCUGUGAUUUCAAUGUUGAAAGAGUUCAACUAUGAGGAUGCUGAUGGAGGGCAACAAAAUUCGUUCGCGUUUUUGACAUGUACAAAUACUUUGGGGAAUUCACUUCUGUUCCCUGAACAAGUUAUCGAAACCCUUGCGACUACAAAGGAAUUGAAAGAUACAGAGUUCGCUGUUCCUACUGCUGUUGGUGGACUUGCAGGUGAUGCCAUACAUGCUUUAUCGUUAGGAAACGUGUAUACGUUUCAUCGACUCUUACACGAGGAGACUCACCGUAGUGGAGAUGGACUACGUAGUAUCUCUAUCAUUGGAGUAGGAGGGGUUACAUCACCAGCUGCUUUGACGCGCAUGCGCAAAGCCGGUGCUUCAGUAGUGGGAGUGGCAACACUAUUGGGAAAGGAGGGUGUCAACGCUUUUGAGCUCUUAUCGAAUUAGUUAAAAUUUGAUGUAGGAUAUGAUCUAAUCUAAUCACCCU